AGCAUGGAGCCAUUCUGAUGGUGUUUUGGGACAGGGAGGCCACGGGGGUGGUAGUGGAGGGGCCUUGUCGGCCACAGGGACAGAGCAGCUUAUUGAUUUUAGUGUGGCCGAGAUCCGUGUAGGAUGUUAGAACAUGCUGAUAUUUGUGCUGUGAGGCUUCUGUGAGGCUUAGCUGUGUGUUCUCAGCUUGGGGCAACAAGGCCAGCUCCUGGUAAAUGAGGGCUCUUGUGGACAGACAGUGGUAUUCCUGCUGCCACCUGCGCCUUGAGGAAGAGGGUGCCCAGAAGCCCACUGGCACAGGCGAGCCCCUUCAGACCCCAGUCCAGCUAGGCCUCCUGGAAACGGCUGGUGUGGUGACUGGCUGUCGGGGUGGGCAGGAAGAGGGGGCCCUGUCUGAUUGCCCUCUCGUUUCAGACGCUGCACCGCCCUGCCGUGGAUUGAACACAGUGUCCUCGUCACCUAGACUUUCAGCUAUGGAAUCGCAGACAGUUGAGGACGAAGCGACGGCAGCAUAAAUGAAGACCACGUGAGGGAAGUAGAACGAUGCCCAAGAGUGGGUGUUCUAGAACACCACAGCAAGACGACUUUCCUCUCAGCAACGACAUGGUGGAGAAACAAACUGGGAAAAAGGAUAAAGAUAAAGUUUCCCUCAACAAGACGCCAAAGCUGGACCGCAGUGAUGGAGGCAAGGAGGUGAGAGAGCGUGCGACCAAACGGAAGCUCCCGUUCACCGUGGGGGCCAAUGGAGAGCAGAAGGACUCUGACACAGAGAAGCAGGGUCCCGAGCGGAAGCGGAUCAAGAAGGAACCCGCCACCCGCAAGGCGGGCCUGCUGUUCGGCAUGGGGCUGUCUGGAAUCCGAGCCGGCUACCCCCUCUCCGAGCGCCAGCAGGUGGCGCUCCUCAUGCAGAUGACCGCAGAGGAGUCUGCAAACAGCCCAGUUGACACGACGCCAAAGCACCCCUCCCAGUCCACAGUGUGUCAGAAGGGCACACCCACCUCUGCCUCCAAGACCAAAGACAAAGUGAACAAGAGGAACGAGCGUGGGGAGACGCGCCUGCACCGGGCUGCCAUCCGGGGUGACGCCCGCCGCAUCAAGGAGCUCAUCGGGGAGGGGGCCGACGUCAACGUCAAGGACUUUGCAGGCUGGACGGCGCUGCAUGAGGCAUGUAACCGGGGCUACUACGACGUUGCCAAGCAGCUGCUGGCCGCAGGUGCAGAGGUCAACACCAAGGGCCUGGAUGACGACACACCCCUGCAUGACGCCGCCAACAAUGGCCACUACAAGGUGGUGAAGCUGUUGCUGCGGUAUGGAGGAAAUCCCCAGCAAAGCAACAGAAAAGGCGAGACCCCACUCAAGGUGGCCAGCUCCCCCACCAUGGUGAACCUGCUGCUGGGCAGGGGCACCUACACCUCCAGCGAGGAGAGUCCCACCGACAGCUCCGAAGAGGAGGACGCCCCGUCCUUCGCCCCAUCCAGCUCAGUGGACGGCAACAACACGGACUCCGAGUUUGAGAAGGGCCUCAAGCACAAGGCCAAGAACCCCGAGCCCCAGAAAACCACAACGCCCGUCAAGGACGAGUACGAGUUUGACGAGGACGAUGAGCAGGACAGGGUGCCCCCCGUGGACGACAAGCAUUUGCUGAAAAAGGACUACAGGAGAGAAGCCAGGUCCAGUGGCUGUAUCUCCAUACCUAAGAUGGAGGUCAGGAGUUUCCCGAAAAACCACACGGUCGCACCCAAGAAAGCAGUCCACCGUAUCCUGUCGGACACGUCGGACGAGGAGGAUGGCGGCCUCGCCGUGGGGCCCGCAGAGAAGCUGAGGCUCGCGGCACACACCGUGGUGCCCACCGGUAAGACGCGCGAGUCUUCUAAUGCCAAGCAGCAGAAAGAGAAAAACAAGGUGAAAAAGAAGCGGAAGAAAGAGCCCAAAGGCAAGGAGGUGCGGUUUGGCAAAAGGAGUGACAAGUUCUGCUCCUCCGAGUCGGAGAGCGAGUGCUCGGACAGUGACGAGGACGACGGGGACUCGGCGGGGAGCUCGGGCUGCCUCAAGGGCUCCCCCCUGGUGCUCAAAGACCCCUCGCUGCUCGGCUCGCUCUCCGCUUCCUCUGCCUCCUCGCACGGCAGCGCCGCAGUCCAGAAGCAUAACCCCAACCACGCGGACCCCCACGCCAAGCCCUGGCACACGGACAAUUGGAAAACCAUCUCCUCCCCGGCCUGGUCCGAGGUGAGCUCCCUGUCAGACUCCACAAGGACGAGACUGACCAGCGAGUCUGACUACUCCUCGGAGAGCUCCAGCGUGGAGUCGCUCAAGCCGGCCCGCAAGAAGCAGGAGCCCCGCAAGCGGGCAGGGCUGCCGAGCGCGCCCGAGCGCAAGGGCGUCUUCCACGGCAGCGCCGACGGCGCCAUCGCCCGGCUGGACAAGGAGGGCAAGGUCGUGAAAAAGCACAAGGCCAGGCACAGACACCGGGAGCGGGGCAAGGGGGCCUGCGCGGGCGGCCAGGAGCUCAAGCUGAGGGGCUUUGCCUACGAGUACGAGGACGCGAGGCCCAAGGCGGACAAGGCCGUGCUCCUGGACGACGGCCCCGGCGACAGCGGCAAGGCCAGGGCGCUGCGGCACGAGCGGGACCACUUCAAGAAAGACGAGAAGCUGGGGAAGCUCAAGGCCGAAGACAAGGACUGGCUCUUCAAGGACGAGAAGGCGCUCAAGAGAGCCAAGGACGCGGGCAGGGCCUUCCGGGAGGAGCGAGAGCGCGCGGGCAAGGGCGAGAAGGAGAAGGCGGCCAGGGAGGACAAGGUCCGGCUCUACAAGGAGGAGCGCAAGAAGAAGUGCAGAGACCGGCCCUCCCGGCUGGAGAAGAAGAGCGACGGGAAGGAGGACAGGGCUCCCAAGGACAAGGACAAGGCCUUCCGAGACGAGAAGGAGAAGCCCAAGAAGGACAAGGCGCACCGGGAAGAGCCCGGCCUGGACGACUACUGCGGCAAGAGCCAGUUCCUGGACACGGAGGACAGCAAGCUGAGCCUCUCGGACGAGCAGCCCGAGCGCUGGUUCUCCGACCUCUCCGACUCCACCUUCGACUUCAAAGGGGAAGACAGCUGGGACUCGCCGGUGACCGAGUACAGGGACGUGAAGGGCGACUCCGUGGCCAAGCUCAUCCUGGAGACGGUGAAGGAGGACAGCAAGGAACGGAAGCGCGAGGCCAAGGCCCGGGAGAAGCCGCGCGACCUGCGGGACGCCUUCUUCCGGAAGCGGGACCGGGACUACGCGGACAGAGGCGCCGAGAAGCGCAAGGAGCAGGCCGAGAAGCACAGGGCCCUCCCCGGCUACCUGCCCGACAAGGACAAGAGGAGGAGGGACGGCGAGCGCAAGGAGGCCCCGGACGGCGCCAAGGAGCGGAAGGAGGCCCACCGGGACGACGCCAAGGAGCACGGCUGCGAGGCCGACUUCCGGGGCCUGGAGCCCUGGGACAGGCACCACGCCGCCCGCGACAAGGACAAGAGGGACGGCCCCGACAAGGAGAGGAGGGACAAGGCGAAAGGCGAGAAGUACAAGUCGGGCGACAAGCCUGUCCUGGACAAGUGCCCCAAGGACAAGGAGCUGGACAAGUGCUUCCGGGACAAGAAGGACGCCAAGGAGAAGCACAGAGACAAGGAGAGGAAGGCGUCGCUGGAGCCGGCCCGGGAGCGCAAGGAGCGGCUCUUCCCGGGGCCCGCCUCCGACGACUUCCCCGAGAAGAAGGGCAAGGAGAAGAGCUGGUACAUGGCCGACAUCUUCACAGACGAGAGCGAGGACGACAAGGAGGCGCGCUCGGCCGGCGGCGCGCCGCAGGACCGGGAGGACGGCAGGGAGCCGCACCCCGGCGACAGGCACAGGAAGCCGGCCGCCGACAGGCCGCACGCCGACAAGCCCAAAGACAAGGACUCGCGGGACAAGAGGAAGGACGGGGGCAAGGACCGCAAGGACAAGAUGGCCGAGAAGGCCAAGGAGAAGAGGGACAAGGAGUCCGCCGACAGGGCCAAGGACAGGCGCGAGCGGGCCUCGGGGGACGGCGCCCUGGACAGGAGGGCCAGGCAGAAGCUCCCCGACAAGGCGGACCGGCGGCACUGCUCCGAGGACAAGGGCAAGAGCAGGCACCGGGAGAAGGCCGAGCGAGAGCACGGCCGGGAGCGGAAGGCCCGCGGCUCGGACGGGGAGCGCAGCCUGCUGGAGAAGCUGCAGGAGGAGGCGCUGCACGAGUGCGGGGACGACGCGCACGACCGCAUGAGCGAGGUCUCGUCCGACAGCUUCACGGAGCGCGCGCAGGACCCCGGCCUGAGCGCCCUCCUCGAGGUGACCUUCGCCGAGCCGGGCCCGGACGACAAAGCCAAGGAGGCCUGCGGCCUGCCCGAGAAGCUGCGGGACAAGGAGCGGCACAGGCACUCCUCGUCCUCGUCCAAGAAGAGCCACGAGCGCGAGCGGGCCCGGAAGGAGAAGGCCGACAAGAAGGAGCGGGCCGAGGAGCGGCAGGGCGGCCUGGCCGAGAAGGAGGCCGCGGGCGCCGAGCCCUGCGCCGUGGGCGCCGACCCGGACGGCGUGCCGGAGCGCACCGCCGACCUGCUCUCCGCCGAGAAGAAGGAGAGGAACGAGCCCGAGCGAGAGCCCCCCAAGAAGGCGGAGAAGGAGCUCAAGCCGUACGGGUCGGGCGCCGCGAGCCUCUUGAAGGACAAGAAGAGGAGGGAGAGGCACCGCGACAAGUGGCGCGAGGAGCGGGACAAGCACCGCGACAGGCACGCCAGGGACAAGGACAAGGCCCGGGACGAGAGCCUGCGGCUCGGGGACGCGCGAGGGAAGGAGAAGGGCGACGCGGCCAAGCCGGGCAGCAGCAGCAGCAGCGACAAGCCUCCGGCGCCGCCGCCGCCCCGGGACGCGGGCAGGAAGGACGCCCGGCCACGCGAGAAGCUGCUGGGCGACGGCGACCUCAUGAUGACCAGCUUCGAGAGGAUGCUGUCCCAGAAGGACCUGGAGGUGGAGGAGCGGCACAAGCGGCACAAGGAGCGCAUGAAGCAGAUGGAGAAGAUGCGGCACCGCUCGGGGGACCCCAAGCUCAAGGACAAGGCCAAGGCGGCCGACGAGGGCCGCAAGAAGAGCCUCGACCUGCCCUCCAAGAAGCCGCCGGGGCCCGAGCCGCCGGGCAAAGACCGGAAGCUCAAGGAGUCGGCACCCACCCCGCCGACGGGCCCCGAGAGCAAGCCGCACGCGGGCCCGGGCCCCGAACCCAAAGACUGGCUGGCGGGGCCUCCCCUGAAGGAGGGGCUGCCCGCCUCCCCCAGGCCCGACCAGGGCCGGCCCACGGGGGUGCCCACGCCCACCUCGGUGGCGUCCUGCCCCAGCUACGACGAGGUGAUGCACACGCCCCGGACCCCGUCGUGCUCGGCUGAGGACUACACGGACCUCGUGUUCGACUGCGCCGACUCCCAGCACCCGAUCGCCGUCUCCGCCGCCUCCACCAACGCCUGCUCCCCCUCCUUCUUCGACAGAUUCUCCGUGGCCCCGAGUGGGCUUCCGGAGAACCCAAACCAGACGUCCACACGGCCUCUGUCCACGAACCUGUACCGCUCCGUGUCCGUGGACGUCCGGAGGACCCCCGAGGAGGAGUUCAGCGUCGGGGACAAGCUGUUCCGGCAGCAGAGCGUCCCCACUGCCCCGAGCUACGGCUCCCCGGUGCGGCAGCUGCUGGAGGACAAGGGAGCCCUGCAGGCCGUGCCCUCGGACAAGUGCGCCUGCCUGUCCCCGGACUACUACCCCUCGGACUACGGCCUCCCCUCGCCCAAGGCCGAGGCCCUGCACUGCCCGCCUGCGGCCGUGGUCGGCGUCGCCCCCGCCCCGGACGGCGUCUUCUCCAGUUUACAGACCAAGUCCUCCCCCUCUUCCAGAGGCGAACUGCUGGCCCCCGACCUGGGCCUCCCCCUGGAUGCCACCGAGGACCAGCAAGCCACCGCCGCCAUCAUCCCCCCAGAGCCCAACUAUCUGGAGCCCCUGGACGAGGGCCCGUUCAGCGCCGUCAUCACCGAGGAGCCCGUCGAGUGGACUCACCCCGCGGCCGAGCAGGCCCUGCCCUCCGAGCACCCCGUGGGCUGGCCUGUGGGCUCAGACCUCCUGCUCAAGUCUCCCCAGCGGUUCCCCGAGUCCCCGCGGCACUUCUGCCCCGCCGAGCCCCUCCCCCCGGGCGCCCCCGGACCCUUGGGUGCCUCCGAGACCUCAUACCCCGUCUCUCCCGUGUCCUACCCUUUGCCGGUCCCCGAGCCGGGGCUGGAGGAAGCCAAAGACCACGGGGUGGAGGAGCUGCCGGUCGCGGUCGCGGUCACCACGGCCGAGGAGGCCGCCCCCUGUGCACCUCCUCCGCGGCUGGGGCCCUUCUUCAGCAGCUGUACCACCCUCCCCGACCCCGCACUGCCCGUAGACCCCGAGCCCGCAGGUCGGACGGCCGUGGCCCCCGCGGAGCCCCUGGGGUCCUUGGAAAACACCUUCCUGGACAGCAGCCAGAGCCUGCCCGCCCUCGGCCAGGUGGGGCCGGUGGCCUGGUCGGACGCCUUCCCCACCUCCGAGGACGACCUGGACCUGGGGCCCUUCUCGCUGCCCGAGCUGCCCCUGCAGGCUAAAGACGUCCCGGAAGUCGAGAGCGAGCCCACCGACGAGGGGCUGGCUCCUCCCGAGAAGGCUCCUCCGGGGGCCCCUGUGGCUGUCGAGGGCGGCAGUGGCCCUGCGCUGAGCACGGAGGAGCAGCAGCAGGCCCCGACCCCAGACCAGACAUCCAGCCGGCUCCCCACCGAGCCCGAGCCCGAGCCCGGGCGGGAAGGGCCCAGGCUGGAGCCGGCUUCGGCAGGCGCAGUGGACGCAGGGCCUGCUGUGGCCGCCGACAGGCUUCCCGAGGCCUCGGACUCCGUCCCGGGGUCCGGGACGCCUGGACAGCAACCCCCGCGGGACGAGGACGAGGAGACCGAGGCCGCUGACCCUCCGGCCGCCUCCCACUGUGCCCCCGACGGCCCCCCCACGGACAGCUCCACGCCGGCCCAAGCUGUGGACGGCAGCGGGCAGGCCGAGGCAGAGCUGGCACCCACCCACGCGCCUGCCCCGGCAGGGAGCCCGCUGGGUGGCCCGGCAUCCGAAGCCACGGAGCAGGAGCCCAAGCCUUGCGCCGAAACCCCCCGGGCCCCCAAAGUGGAGGAGAUCCCCCAGCGCAUGACCAGGACUCGGGCCCAGAUGCUGGCCAGUCAGGGCAAGCAGAGCGCACCUGUGGCCGAGCGGGAGGCCCCGGCCGCCAGGGCCAAGGGCCGGGGCUCCGAGGAGGACGACGCGCAGGCCCAGCACCCGCGCAAGCGGCGCUUCCAGCGCUCCAGCCAGCAGCUGCAGCAGCUGCACACGUCCACGCAGCAGACGCGCGAGGUCAUCCAGCAGACGCUGGCCGCCAUCGUGGACGCCAUCAAGCUGGACGCCAUCGAGCCCUAUCACAGCGACAGGUCCAACCCCUACUUCGAGUACCUUCAGAUCCGCAAGAAGAUCGAGGAGAAGCGCAAGAUCCUGUGCUACAUCCCGCCCCAGGCGCCCCAGUGCUACGCCGAGUACGUCACCUACACCGGCUCCUACCUCCUGGACGGCAAGCCGCUCAGCAAGCUGCACAUCCCCGUGAUUGCGCCCCCUCCCUCUCUGGCGGAGCCCCUGAAGGAGCUGUUCAAGCAGCAGGAGGCAGUGCGAGGGAAGCUGCGGCUCCAGCACAGCAUCGAACGGGAGAAGCUGAUCGUGUCCUGUGAGCAGGAGAUCCUGCGGGUUCACUGCCGGGCCGCCAGGACCAUCGCCAACCAGGCGGUGCCGUUCAGCGCCUGCACCAUGCUGCUGGACUCCGAGGUUUACAACAUGCCCCUCGAGAGCCAGGGGGACGAGAACAAGUCGGUGCGGGACCGCUUCAACGCCCGGCAGUUCAUCUCCUGGCUGCAGGACGUGGACGACAAGUACGACCGCAUGAAGACGUGCCUACUGAUGCGCCAGCAGCACGAGGCCGCCGCGCUCAACGCCGUGCAGAGGAUGGAGUGGCAGCUCAAGGUGCAGGAGCUGGACCCCGCCGGGCACAAGUCCCUGUGCGUGAACGAGGUGCCCUCCUUCUACGUGCCCAUGGUGGACGUGAACGACGACUUCGUGCUGCUGCCGGCCUGACUGCCCGGCGUGGGAAGGAGACGCCACCGAGGCCACGGCCCGCGUGGGAGCGGGGGCACCUCAGCCGGCCGGGGGUGGCACCCCGGAGCCCGGCACGGGCGGCCGGGCGCCCCUGGACUCGCGUUCCGUUCUCAUCGGCCCCGUGGAAGCCAGGAGCCCCCCGUCCACCCCGGCGACCUCCAGGCCGAGGGCGCCCCACCUCAGCAGGCCGGGGCCGCUCCCCUAGUGUUUUUAAUGGAGUCAAAUCCACGUGGUUUGUAUAUUUUUUUUCCUUUAAUCUUGGGCAUUUUGUUUCUCUUUCUGAGAACAUAACUUGAAACACUACAGAGCCAAUAAUCAUAUAAAAAGUGUAUCCGUAAUGCUGUACAGUUUUAUAUACAUUCACAAUGUACUUUUGCUGCCUUCUAGAUAAUUUAUUUUGCAACACAUUACUGCACAGUUGUAAAUAACUUAUGUACUGUAACAUCACUCAGUUACGUGUAAAGAAAUAAAUAAAUUAAUUAAAA